CUCUCUAGGUUACUUACAGUCUGUCGUUAUGUGAUGAUCUGUGGACUGGUCUCCCAUCGUCUCAAGCAUUCUCACCGCCUUCUAGAAGCUCUGCCCUUUUUUAGAACUCCACUUUUCUCCAUCAAUCAACCUAUUAUAAAUGGGUUAAGAGAUCUAACCACAGAGUAUUCAGUGUCUUCUAUCUCUCUUCCCCUCUUUCCCUGCUUUUCUGCUGAAAGCAAACUGGUUCUCUUCUGACAAAUCCUGAUUUUAAAUGGUUCUUUCUAGUCGUCCAUGAUGGAUCUGAUUCCAUGCCUUCCGGAUGAGAUCGCCCGUGAAUGCUUAACCCGCGUUCCAUACACUCACUUCUGCACUGUCUCCGCGGUUUGUAAAGGCUGGAAAGAAGAGCUUGAGUCGGUGCAGUUUCACCAACGGAGGAAGUCCGGUGGCUUGAGCCGGCCCAUUGUUGUUCUCACACAAGCUGAGCCAGACCGAGCUUUAGGCGCGGUGAAGUGCGCAGCUGCACAUGCUUACCGUCUUGCGCUUCUUGAGCCUGCUACAGGCGCGUGGGGUAAGCUGCCGCCGGUUCCGGGGUUUUCCGGGGGGCUGCCGUUGUUCUGUCAGUGCGCCGGGGUUGGCCGGAAGCUGGUGGUGAUUGGCGGGUGGAACCCGACGACUUGGGAGGUGUCGAAAGCUGUGUUCGUUUUCGAUUUCGUGUCCGGCGGAUGGCGCCGUGGGGGGGACAUGCCGGGGGCCUCACGAUCGUUCUUUGCUUGUGCGUCGGAUUCCGAUCGGAUGGUUUUUGUCGCCGGAGGGCAUGACGAGGAGAAGAAUGCACUCAAGUCCGCGAUGUUGUAUGACGUGGCGAAGGAUGAAUGGACCCCACUACCUGACAUGGACAGGCAACGGGAUGAGUGCAAGGGGAUUUUCCACGCUGGCAGGUUCCUCGUCAUAGGUGGGUAUUCUACGGAGAUGCAGGGACGGUUCGAGAGGAGUGCAGAGGCUUUCGAUGUUGCCACGUGGCAGUGGGGCCAGGUGGAGGGGGACGUCUUGGACAUCGGUUCGUGUCCGGGGACUUGCGUGGUAGGGGGUGAAGGGAAGCUGUACAGGUGUAGGGCAGGCCACAUGGCGGUAUCAGAUGGUGUCACAUGGCGGUCCGUGGCAGAAUUACCAGCUGACAUCCGCGUGUCACCAAAUGUGGUGACAUGGCAAGGCAAGCUGUUGGUGAUUGGGAUGGCCAAGUGUGGUGGGCCCUACGGGGCGUACGUUCUGGAGUCGCCGCAUUAUACAUGGAGAAAAGUGAGGGUGCCGGAAGAAUAUUCCGGCCACGUUCAGGCGGGGUGUUGUUUGGAGAUAUAAAAUUUUGUAAAUAAACAAAUAAAAAAAGCAUUUUUGGUGCUUGGCUGAGAUAUGAAUGCGAUGGCAUGAGUUGUUAACUUAAUUUGUUUAGGCUGCGUUUGAUCUUAGUGUAAAGUUUUUACCUGCAAACGAUCAGUUUAAAUAUGGUGAACCGUUAAA